UUUGUCUAGUCCUCUUAUCGCGAACAAACAGUAAGAGUAGGCUGCGUGUCCCCAUUGGAUCCAGAUAUCACUCAACGAAAUCGAACAACUUUGAAUAACAGAUGCGUAUGGAGAAGUUGAUGCAAACAUUUUUCGUCAAAUAGAUCGCUUGUAAAAUAUGAAAUAUAUUCUAGUAACCGGUGGUGUGAUUAGUGGAGUCGGCAAAGGUGUUAUUGCAAGUUCAUUUGGUACUAUACUUAAACAUUGCAAUAUUCAUGUGACAUCUAUCAAGAUAGAUCCUUAUAUAAAUAUCGAUGCCGGCACCUUUUCUCCAUACGAACACGGAGAAGUAUAUGUGUUGGAUGAUGGUGGAGAGGUAGAUCUUGAUUUAGGAAACUAUGAACGUUUCUUAGAUAUUACUUUACACAGAGACAAUAAUAUUACAACAGGUAAAAUUUAUCAACAUGUAAUAUCAAAGGAGAGACAUGGCGAUUACUUGGGAAAAACAGUUCAAGUAAUACCACACAUAACAGAUGCCAUUCAAGAAUGGGUUGAAAGAGUUGCAAAACAAUCUGUAACAAAGGAUGGUGAUAAACCAGAUGUUUGCAUUAUUGAAUUAGGUGGAACCAUAGGAGAUAUUGAAGGAAUGCCUUUUGUAGAAGCUUUCAGGCAAUUUCAAUUUAGAGUAAAAAAAGAAAACUUCUGUUGUGCACAUGUAUCAUUAGUGCCACAACCAAAAUCUACAGGAGAACCAAAAACAAAACCAACUCAAUCCAGUGUGAGAGAAUUACGUGGUUUGGGUUUGUCUCCUGAUCUCAUAGUUUGUAGAUCUGAACUACCAAUAGGCGAUUAUGUGAAAGAAAAAAUUUCGAAUUUUUGUCAUGUUGCUCCUGAACAGGUGAUAACAAUACAUGAUUUGUCAUCUAUAUAUCGUGUUCCUUUGUUGAUGGAAUCUCAAGGUGUUAUUGAAUUCCUAAAUGACAGGUUACAAUUAAAUAUUGAAAUGCCACGUCCCCGAUAUUUUAUGCGAAAAUGGAGAGAUUUGGCGGAUCGCACUGAUCAUUUACGAAAAGAAGUAAACAUCGCGUUAGUUGGAAAAUAUACAAAAUUAGAAGACUCCUAUGCAUCAGUCACAAAAGCAUUGCAGCAUGCUUGUAUUCAAGUUGGCUACAAACUCAAGUUAACAUAUAUAGAGGCUGAUAGUUUAGAACACAAUACAAAAGCAAUAGAUCCUGUACUAUACCAUGAAGCCUGGCAUCAACUUUGUAAAAGCAAUGGUGUUAUAGUACCAGGUGGAUUUGGUAAAAGGGGUAUGCUGGGAAAAAUGGAAGCAUGUGGAUGGUGUAGGACAAAUAAUAAACCCUUUCUUGGUAUUUGUUUGGGCUUACAAGUGGCAGUAAUUGAGUUCGCAAGAAAUGUUUUAGGCAUAGAGGAUGCAAAUAGUAUAGAAAUUGAUCCACAAACUGAUCAUCCCCUCGUUAUAGACAUGCCUGAAUAUAAUCCAGAACAAAUGGGUGGAACCAUGAGGCUUGGAAAAAGAUGCACUCGAUUUAUAGAAAAUAAUUCUCUCAUAAAGCAGCUGUAUGGCAAUAAGAAUUUUAUAGAAGAAAGACAUAGGCAUCGAUAUGAAAUUAAUCCCAAGUAUAUCAAUGAUUUAGAAGCAGCUGGAUUGAAAUUCGUAGGUCAUGAUGAGGAAAAUUUACGUAUGGAAAUAGCAGAAUUGGAAGGGCAUAAUUACUAUGUUGCAACGCAAUUCCACCCAGAAUAUUUGUCUAGACCAUUAAAACCUUCACCCCCAUUUUUAGGAUUAAUUUUGGCCAGUGUUGGUAAAUUAAAACAUUACUUAGCCAAAGGUUGUAAACUUUCACCUCAAGUGGUCAGUGAUAAUGGUUCAGAUACCGAAAAUCUAGUUGAUGACAGUGAAAUAACAAAUAAUGAGCGAGGCUAGUAUAAGUGGUAGCAUUAUAUCAAUUUGAAUAAUUAAUAAUGAAGUACUAUUAUGUUCAUAUAUGUACGUCUGUUGGUAUUAAAAAAUUUUUUUAUUUUAGAACAAAGUUUUGGAUACAUAUUCAAAUAUAUGCGUAAUAAUAUACUAUA